AUGGCUCGUCUGAAAAAGGCCUCCGAUCCGAAUGCUCCGACUCGACCGAGAUCGUCCUUCAAUUUGUAUAUGCGUCAUCGCAUUAGUCAGUCAGAGGCCUUAUCAUCUAAGCCCUUCGGUGAGAGAAACCGUUUGAUCGGACUCGAGUGGGCCACUCUGCCACCCGAACAGAAGCAAAUUUUCAACGAGCAGGCCUCCCGAGAACGAGAAAAGUACAAAGCCGACCUCGAAGCCUACAAACAAACGCAGGCCUUCAAGGACUGGCAAGCGAAACAGGAGGGCCUUAAGGCCUCACUUUCCCCAAAGUCGGGCAAGCGAGGACCUAAGGGGAAACGAACUCAUGAACCCGAGACUGACACAACUAGUCCUCCAAAAACUUACAGGAUACCCAUUUUUAGCGAGGAAUUCCUUGCAUACAAUCGACAGCGGGAAAUGACUCUACGGAAUCUCCGGAAGCAGGUUAGCCAGGAUUUAUAAAGCAAACUGGAAGGUCCAGUUAUUUGGUUUUUGUCGGCAAAUUCUUUUGGAUUUUAUACAUGCUGUGAGCUCCUCUUAAUAGGUGCUCUGUAUGUGGAAGACAUCGGUUAUCGGGUACGGCACCUGCUGAGCCAGGAUUGUUUUACGGGUGCUUUACGAGCUUAAGGGAAACAACUGUUGGCCAAUUAGGUCUUUAACCAUGCUUCAAUCAGCCGGGUAGGUAAUUAAAAAACCCGCUUACCCAUUACCAGAGAACAAACUAGUUGGCUCUGCACGACAACGGACAUUUCUGCCUACUCGGGUCCUUCCCGUUUUAAGGAGACCAUUGCCGUUACUCAGUGCUAGAAAGUAGUGGAGGAAGUUUAAGGAGACCUGUUUAUCUACUUCUACUUUGUUUUUUACUUUUUCCGACUGUUUCUUUUGAACUGCUGAAAACUGUGGAGUCACCAAAAUUGCCUGGCUUCCCAACAUGUACGGGAGUAAGUUUAUGCGUGCAUAUAACCUAAUCAGUUCGGUGUUUUGUAAUUGCGAGGUGGUACUGCCUUUCAUAAUAUUAGUUGGCGGUUGUCGCAAGGUCGAAAACACCGUCCCCUGGGCACAAAACUCACACCAAGUAGAUGUCUUACUCAAUUCUUUAGCAAUCCCUUACUCUUUUCAAACGGUGCUUCUUUCCUGACAGUGAAAGGCAGAAAUGCAUCUGUGGUUAUUCUCCCCAGGGAGUUUUUUGAUGCUCAUAGAACUUGUUCGUCACGUCAUCGUAGUUAAUCACUGAGGGCAUGAGCAUUGAAGAUGAUGGCAGAUGUGUUUGCGCAGAGUAAUGGCCUUCUUGUCAUGAGACGAUCGCUGAUUCCCCUCUGGUGACAGGGCAGUCGUCUCACAAUGUCGGUUCUAACGACAAAUACGGCUCCAACAGUCCAUCUUUGCGGUCGUUUGCCCAAUAGAUUGUCUAAAUGAAAGCAAACAUUUCAGACUGUUAGAGUUAACGGUCUCUGGCAGACUGAGUGAGAGCACGAGAGUGGGGAAGGGGUUUAUACCUUCCCCAAUGUUCCGUCCUUUCUUUCGUGUCCACAAGCCGCGAUUAGCCUACAGAUGCGUGACUAUCCAGCAGCUGUUUAUAGUAACUUAUCUGACCCUUCCUCCGCAACGACGGAGUAAACCUUACUAUCCCGCAAGUAAAGCUGCCUAGAUAUCUCAGGCGGCUGCCAGGUUCCGUUAUGGGUCGUCUUUUUUGUUGAAUUGGUAGACGACCCUCCAGCUUAUUUUUUUAUUUGGGGGAAGGGUGUGGACAGGGAUUAGUGAGUGGAAUACCGCUUAUGGGGACGCUCACCAGUCGCCAUCACUUGGUCUAGCCAGUCGGCCACGGCGGUUGCCGGAGUGUGGCUGCUAAACAAAGCAGUGCAGAAAGACCACUACUUGCAAGACCCAUCACUCUUACGCCUGUACCUCCUAAUUGAACACUCCCUACAUCUCACGCUUGUAUUCAGUGGGUAACGACGACACUACAGCAUAGACCAAUUGUUAAGAAGUAGGCGAACAAAAACUCGACCAAUAAAUAGUCGUGUGUAAGUCGCCAUUAUUUUAGUUUUAAACUUUUCAAAAAGGCCAGCUGCCGUUGCCCUGGACCACACAGGUUUACUCUUGCAUUUGUUCAUUUCCCGGUCUAAAUACCGAAAGGCAUAACCGCAUCUUAACAAAAGGCCUACCUGAAGGCGCCACUCUUUUCGCUUUCCAACAUCUUCCAGGGUUGACAGAAUGUACUUCACGGAUCCUGUUGCAGCACUUUUUAAAUAACUUCUUCGCUCCCAUCCCUCACUCUCAAUGAACGGAUUUUGUGUGACGUGAACAACUGAGAUCUUGGUACCGAGCCAUAGGCUUUGGGCCGUCGCAUUUCAUGGUGCCGAUAAUGUCAUGAAAUGCUCAAUCUGGAUGUGUUGCUUGAAAUGGUGUGCAGGGCACAAAUAUCCUGUUUCACCAUGUGCCUCUCCUGACAUCUGAAGCCAUAUUGUCCAUAACGGGUCAGCUGUUUUCGUGUGCCGUAUUUGGACCCCAGCGUCUCCGCAUCUCCUCCAUUUCCACCGAAAUCAGGUUCAGCAAGUAAGGUUUAUCCUUACGAGAUUUCUUCACCCAGUUUAAAAACGACUUUAGUUGGACUACUCAUGGAUCGCCUCAUAGGGUUGGCCAUCAUAUGAUCCGCCUUAUACAGCGUCAUUAGAUCUGAUUAUUCUGUUUGGCAAUGGUAAUCGCAACGAUGCUGGAACUUACCGCCUGAUAUGGAGGUACUUUCGCUGGAUUUUACUCAUUCGUGUUUCUCAGUAAAUUUUCUUUCGGUGUGGUGGUUCUUAAGGAGACUAUAAGUCAUUAACCAUGUACCUCUGAACACGUAUACGACAAGCUGUGAAGUAUAUUGAGGUGAACUUCUAUCUUGCUGAUCUGGCGGCUCCAGUUUAUCGGUGUUACCUUUUCGAACCGUUAACGCUCAGCAGCCGACGCGGAGCUCCUUGGUUUGUAGCGUUCACAUUUCCUACGCGUAUGCUCAAAUGCAGUCAAUGUCUGCUUUCGUGAAUCUUUAAGCGGAUACCACUCCGGCGCUCAGCUCGCUAUGCAAAAUUUCAAUCUGUUUGAAGCAAAGAUGAAACAGGCGCUCCAAUGGUACUGAAGCCGACAACUGGAAAUUAAGUAUGUAAGAAUACCGCUGCCCCCAUUGCGGCAUUCGGUCCGAUGGUACUUUUCGCCAACACGUUCAACCGAAUUCUCAGUACUCACUUUCUACUAGACAUGUCAUACUUUGUCUUCCUUAGCCCUCACUUUUACUGGCAUUCUCUUUUUAGUUUUUCCUUCACGUGUUUAACCAGUGGAGUUAACGGUGGUGGUCGUAUGUUUAUGGGCUAAUUUUGUCAUGUUUGAUGUCAUUUUGCAGGCCACACAGCUCGAGGAAGAGACCGCAUUGCUCAGUAAGCACGUUGAGAAUUUGGCCAACGCCAGCACAAAACUCGAGUUACAGAUCAAAAGCACGGAAGCCCAGUUGGCUGCUGAGGAAGCUCUCACUCAGAGGUUUCGCAAGGAACUCACCGCAACUUUUGCAGAGGUGUGUUUGUGUGUGUUUUGCCUUCUGCCCUUGAGGAAUUAUCUGCUGUUUCCUAUUGGGUAGAGCGCGGAAACAAGUGUCCUCCCUCAACUAUAUCCCGCUAGGGUGUCUACUUAUUAAAUUUAGGUAGCACUGUCUUCAGGAGGAUAUGGCCACUAUACAGUCAACCAUUCAAGACACGUCGUUGAUCCAGUACACAGGCCUCAUGGAAGGCUGUUAAGGUCGCUUGAAAAGUAAACUGCGCAAAAGUGACUCAGUCUCCGUAGGGGCGGUGUGGGCCCACAUAGAUGAAGUGCAGUCCUGCUUAUGGCUCAACAAGACAACGCAAUGGCAUUACCGGCUAUUCUGCCUAUAUUACGCGCCGCUGUGUGGCCGCUGGCCAGUCUCGAGAGAGCCCCAAGGUACAACAGGACGAGUGAGUCCCGUAGCGCGAUCGAUGAGUCCCCCCUCUACCAAAACAACAUAAGCUGUUCGAGGCCAUGAACCUGUUCUGUCGAAUGGUUGUUUCCCACUGCAAGUAGAUCGGGCCCAUGGGUGCCGCUCCCACGUAUUCCAGACCUUGUUUUAGGCUAUGUUUUAACUGUAGGAUUGCACAGCACUUAACACACUCCCCCAGUCAAACCAAAUAUUGACUCAAAAAUUGAUUCCGUAACCUCAUAUUGAACAUACUUCACCAAUGGCGUGUAAUCCCGUACUCAACGCGCCUUCAUUUUUCUCGACUAGUGGAAGCUCCUUCUUUACCCUCCUAGCCACUGCAGAUUUUUAUUGUGUCAGGGCAUACUCCUUUUUUCGAAGUAUAUGAUACAAUCUAUUGAUUUUUUUCGUUUGUAUGUUGAAGUCCGUCCUUAUACUUCUAUCGACAGUUACCGGUUCCGACCAACGGCGACGUGCCACGUUCGCCCUCGAGUGCUAAGGGUUUCGAGCGUAUCACCAUCAGUAGUGCCGAAUCCUACAUGGCGAGGUUGUGUGAGCUGGUAAGCUCCGGUCAGCACGAGGAUUUGAAGGCCAGGGCUGUUGAACUUUUGAAAAAUGCUGUUCGCACAAAAUCGUUAACUCUGUGCACUGUUUAG